CUCUUCCUGAUGUCUCUCUUCCGUGAUUGCUGUGGGAAUUUGGAUGAUUUCUCAUGAAGAUAAAAUAACUACACAACUUACUCAAAACCCAAGACAAAUUCAGAGAGUCAAGGAUGGAACUUUGGGCUCCCCAGAGGCUGCCCCAGACACGAAGGAAGGCCACAGCACCCUCAAAGGAUCCAGACCGAGGGUUUUGGAGAGAUGGACAUCUUCGGCCUGUCCCUCAUUCUCGGCACAAUGGAGAGAGGUCUCACCAAUGGCAAGACAACCGCGGGAGCCCCCGGCCACAGCAGGAGCCCAGGGCAGACCAUCAACAGCUCUAUUACGCAUCCAGGCCUGGGGACUGGCAUCAGCCUGUGUCUGGAGUUGACUAUUAUGAAGGUGGUUAUCCCAAUCAGUUGUAUUCAAGGCCAGGUUUUGAGAAUUCAUAUCAGAGCUAUCAGUCUCCCACAAUGAGGGAGGAAUAUGCUUAUGGAAGUUAUUACUAUCCCGGACACCCACAGUGGCUGCAGGAAGAAAGAGUGCCAAGGCAAAGGAGUCCUUAUAUCUGGCAUGAAGAUUACCGAGAGCAAAAGUACCUUGAUGAACAUCAUUAUGAAAACCAGCACAGUCCGUUUGGAACAAAUAGUGAGACCCACUUCCAAUCUAACAGUAGGAACCCUUGUAAAGACAGUACUGCUUCUAACUCUGGACAGGAGUGGCCCGGGGAGCUGUUUCCAGGGAGCCUGCUUGCUGAGGCCCAGAAAAAUAAGCCAUCAUUGGCUAGUGAGUCCAACCUUCUCCAGCAGCGUGAGUCUGGUCUCAGCUCCAGCAGCUAUGAGCUCAGUCAGUACAUCACAGAUGCCCCCGAGUGGAAUGAUCCCCCGGCUUCAGCAGCUUGGAGUCCAUUUCAGGCUGAGGAUGUCUCCUCAGCUGGUCCCAAAGCACCCAUGAAGUUCUACAUCUCUCAUGUUCCUGUGAGUUUCGGGCCAGGAGGUCAGCUGGUGUGUGUAGGUCCCAGCUCUCCCACUGACGGGCAAGCAGCCCUUGUUGAACUGCACAGCAUGGAGGUUAUUCUUAAUGAUUCUGAAGAGCAAGAGGAGAUGAGAAGUUUCUCAGGACCCUUGAUUAGGGAAGAUGUACAUAAGGUGGAUAUUAUGACGUUUUGCCAGCAGAAAGCAGCUCAGAGCUGCAAAUCUGAGACACUGGGGAGCAGAGACUCGGCUCUACUGUGGCAGCUCUUGGUUCUCCUUUGUCGCCAGAAUGGGUCCAUGGUGGGGUCUGACAUCGCUGAGCUGCUAAUGCAAGACUGCAAGAAGCUGGAGAAGUACAAGCGGCAGCCCCCUGUGGCCAACCUCAUCAGCCUGACCGAUGAGGACUGGCCAGUGCUGAGCUGUGGGACCCCGAACCUGCUCACGGGAGAGAUCCCCCCCAGUGUGCAGACACCUGCGCAGAUCGUGGAGAAAUUCACUAGACUGCUCUACUAUGGAAGGAAGAAGGAAGCCUUGGAGUGGGCCAUGAAGAACCACUUGUGGGGCCAUGCUUUGUUCCUGUCCAGCAAGAUGGACCCACGGACCUACAGCUGGGUCAUGAGUGGCUUCACCAGCACGCUGGCGCUCAAUGACCCACUGCAGACCCUCUUCCAGCUCAUGUCGGGGAGGAUUCCACAGGCAGCCACGUGUUGUGGAGAAAAGCAGUGGGGAGACUGGAGGCCUCACUUGGCUGUGAUUCUGUCGAAUCAGGCUGGGGACCCAGAGCUGUAUCAGCGUGCGAUUGUUGCCAUCGGGGACACCCUGGCUGGGAAGGGGCUUGUGGAGGCAGCCCACUUCUGCUACCUCAUGGCUCACGUGCCCUUUGGCCACUACACCGUGAAGACAGACCAUCUGGUCUUGCUGGGCAGCAGCCACAGUCAAGAGUUUUUGAAAUUUGCAACAACUGAGGCAAUCCAGAGGACGGAAAUCUUCGAGUACUGUCAGAUGCUGGGCCGCCCCAAAUCCUUCAUCCCUUCUUUCCAGGUGUAUAAGCUCCUUUAUGCUUCCCGUCUGGCAGAUUACGGCCUCGUGUCCCAGGCCUUGCAUUACUGCGAAGCCAUUGGUGCAGCUAUCUUGAGUCAGGGAGAGAGCAGUCACCCUGUGCUAUUAGUGGAACUCAUCAAGCUAGCAGAGAAACUGAAGCUGUCAGAUCCUCUGGUUUUAGAAAGCCGCAGUGGAGACAGGGACCUGGAGCCAGAUUGGCUAGUGCAACUUCGGAGGCAGCUGGAGCAAAAGGUAGCAGGAGACAUCGGGGAUCCUCAUCCUACUCGCUCAGAUGUUUCGGGAGCCAGAGGAACAACAACAGAAAACACUUUCUACCAGGACUUUUCUGGAUGUCAAAGCUACUCUGAAGCCCCUGAGUACCGCUCAGCUCUGUGGCUGACACCUGAGCAGACCUCCCUGCUCCAGCCUAGCCCACAGCAGCCCUUCCCCCUCCAGCCGGGCUCCUACCCAGCAGGAGGGGGUGCAGGGCAGACAGGGACACCAAGGCCUUUUUACUCAGUUCCUGACACCCACCUACCAGGGACUGGCAGCAGCGUGGCAGUGACAGAGGCCCCUGGAGGAACAGUCUGGGAGGAAACGCUGCAGACACACCUGGGCCCUGGAGAGAAUACAGUGUCUCAAGAAACCUCCCAGCCUCCUGAUGGCCAAGAGGUCCUUUCCAAACCACAGACACCACUGGCUGCUAGAGCACGAAGUAUUUCUGAGAGUUCCACCAAUUCAGCCAAGGAGGAUGAGAAGGAGUCCUCUGACGAGGCUGAUAAAAACUCUCCCCGAAAUACUGCCCAGAGAGGCAAGCUCGGAGAUGGGAAGGAGCAUACAAAGAGCUCCGGGUUUGGCUGGUUCAGCUGGUUUCGAUCGAAGCCCACCAAGAACGCAUCCCCCUCUGGAGACGAGGACUCCUCAGACAGCCCUGACUCUGAGCAGGAGACCCCCAGAGCAUCUUCUCCCCACCAGGCUGGCCUGGGCCUCUCACUGACAUCUUCCCCUGAGUCCCCACCUCUGCUGGCUGUUAGCGCCUUCUCCAGGGGCACAGGUGGGGGUGAAGGCCAAGGAUCUGCAUCCAGCGGGGGAGCAGCUGCGGGUGCUGGGGUUGGAGGCUUGUCUGGACCUGAGAGUGUUUCCUUUGAGCUCUGCUCCAACCCUGGUGUUCUUCCUCCACCUGCCUUAAAAGGGGCUGUUCCUCUUUACAACCCAUCUCAGGUGCCUCAGCUGCCCACGGCCACUAGCCUGAAUCGGCCAAAUCGCCUAGCUCAGCGUCGCUAUCCCACCCAGCCAUGCUGAGAAUAAACACACGUCCCAGGCUCAUCUCCCAGGACUGCAACUUUUCUUGCUCUCCUUUUCUCAAUCUCCCAGCCCCUCUCUACCAUGUUGGGACCCUCAAGAGGUUUGUGCUAGCCCGAUGCGUCCACUGGGCACUUAGAAGGCAAGAGGACAGGAUCUCUCAAGACAGCACAAUUCAGUCUCUUAAGAUUAGCUUCAGAAUGAUGGAAAUUAUUUCAUCAGGUGGAAAGUCUGGGUCUAAUAGCAGACUGCACAUGAGCAGAGUGACAUGGUGGUGGCACUUAUGGUGGUGGCUUGAGAGCCUUGGGGAAAUUAGGGCCCUAACAGCUAGAAUCAAAGAUGAUACUGCAGGGCCCUGUAGCAGGAAAUGGGAAGCAGGGGGAGGGGCAG